GCGUUCACUGCCAGCACUCGCUGCUGUCGCACUGCUCCCGCUUAAGCUCAGCAAUCAUUGCGUGCCGGAUACCGGUAGCUAAAGACAUGGCUCUGAGAGCGGCCCUGAACACCUUCAUUUGGCGGUGGCCUUCCAGUUUGCAUAUACACACGACGCAGCGACGAUUGGUCUCUAAAGGACCAUUCGUAAUCUCCGACGAGGUGGCUGCUGCGCUGAGUGAUGUCCGUCCCAUUGUCGCACUGGAGACAAGCAUCCUAACGCACGGAAUGCCUUACCCUGAGAAUAUCAGCAUGCAGAAAGAGCUACAAGACAUCGUUCGAGAACAUGAGGCCGUCCCUGCGACGGUUGGUGUUUACUGUGGGAGUCUUCACGUGGGUUUGGACAUGAAAAGCCUCGAGCACUUGGCAGAAAUGGGAAGUCAGGCAGCGAAGAUAUCACGACGGGACCUGCCUGCGGCGCUAUCGAAGGGCCUCUCAGGGGGGACCACAGUGUCGGCAACUAUGGUCGCAUGCAACCGGGCUGGCGUACAACUGUUCGCUACCGGAGGCAUCGGGGGGGUGCACCGGGGCGGAGAGUUCAGUCUGGACGUAAGUCCGGACGUCAUGGAACUUGGUCGCAGUCCUGUCACUGUGGUGUCGUCCGGAAUCAAGUCAAUCCUGGACAUUGGCCGCACGCUCGAAGUUCUGGAGACCGAAGGCGUGUGCGUGGCGGCAUUCGGGGAGAGCCAGGAGUUCCCAGCUUUCUUCGCCGUCAGCAGCGGACAUCGAGCCCCGUGGCACGUUACUGACGCCGCUGAGGCUGCUUCCCUCAUAGAAAGCCGAAAUGCGUUGCACCUCGACAGUGGUGUCCUUAUUGCGGUUCCAAUUCCCAAGGAAUUCGAAGCAGACGGGCAAGCCACCGAAGAGGCCAUCCAGCUUGCGCUAAGGGAGGCGGAGGCAGCCGACCUGACGGGUAACGCCGUGACGCCUUUCAUCCUGCAGAAGCUAACGGAGCGGACUGCAGGUGCCACUCUCCGAGCCAAUGUCGCCUUGGUCAAGAACAACGCUGCUGUAGCUGGAGACAUCGCCAGUGCUCUUUCCAAGAUUGAGCGAGAGAACAAGCGAGGCAGCCUUUUUCGUCCAUCGAUACCACGACAGCCGUCCCCGCCGUUGAACGGCUCGACACACGCGGGCCACAUCCGCACGAGCUGGGGCGGCGUAGGUCGCAACGUGGCCGACUGCCUGUCCCGCCUUCUGGGAGACACGGUGCGCCUGGUGUCCGCCGUGGGCGUUGACAGGAACGGAGAGGCGCUCCUCAAGCACAACCCGCUGCUGGACACCGGAGGCGUUGUGCGCGUGGAGGGCGCCCGGACGGCAUCGUACUGCACACUUUUGGAUAAAAGCGGUGACUGCCUGUUCGGCGUGGGCGAUAUGGACGUCCACGGUCACAUCUCCCCGCAACUGAUCCUGGAAAACGAAGAGCACAUCGCACGCGCACCUGUCGUCGUCCUAGAUGGCAACAUCCCCGGCGAAACGAUCGACUGCCUUCUACGACUGUGCGGUCGGCGACAGAUACCAGAUUGUGAGAAGUGCGGUGAAUGUAGGGCAACACUACAGGGCGGCUUCUGGAUUGCGGCCCUGGUGUCUUACCGGAACGGGGUGCUUUUGACUCUCGCAGGAGAGCCUCUGCGACUGCCGUAA